UAAGAAUGUUAUUCUCUUGUAGAAAUCGGUAAUUCGUGCCUCGUCUGGCUGAGCUGGUCUUCAGGUUCUUGAGGUCUUCGUUCAUGAUUCCGUCUGACCAAACUGCAGAGAAUAAAGAUGUUGUUUUCUCCCAGAGGCCUUCAGUCUACGUUGCUCCUUGUUCUUCUUGGACUAGGCCAUCAUGAUGUGGAGGCUUCAGAAGGAAAACAAGUCAUUCAUAAAAGAGUUGGAGACUCUGUGGUGCUUUCAUCAAAUUUACCAGCUGAAGGGGUCAAAAGGGCAACAUGGAGAUAUGGAGACUCAAAUGUAGCAUUCCAAGGUUCAGGUCCUACUCCAACCAAUCCAUUUAAGGGCAGAUUGGAGUUCAAUGACACAAGUUUUAGUUUAACAAUAAGAGACCUGACUAUUGAAGAUUCUGGUGAAUUCAGUUUGAUCGCAGAGGUCAACGAUAAACAAGUUUCAGUCUUCAUCACUCUGCAAGUUCACGAACCAAUAUCUACAAAUUCCAUUGUGUUUUCCAACGUCACUGAGGCUGGAUCAGAUGGAUUUUGUACAGUUUUUCUGGAGUGCAAAGCAAAUCCUCACAGUGACGUCACCUACAGCUGGACCGUGGGAACCCAAACCAGAAACGGCUCCACACUGCAAUACAGAAUUACACCACAAGAUGGCAACACUACAUUCACCUGCAAAGCCUCCAAUGUUAUCAGUGAGAUGUUAGAAUCCACAACACUGAGAUGUAGCGAAACCACAGGACCCGGUUCUAAUGAAGGAGGUGGUUUUUCUCCCGUCAUGUUUUGGUUUAGGUUGGUUGUCGGGCUUCUUGUUAUCCUAGUGCUGGUCUGGCUGCUUUACGACCAAAGGUUGAAGGAAGUGUUUUGUUCCAGGUUUGAACAGGCGGCAGUAGUCGACCGGGACCCGAGUCAGCUGGAUCUCAACCUCUCACCUCUUCCGGGUGAUGCUUUGGUGUAUGAAAACUCAGGAGGCGCUGCAGAUGCACAAGACGACGAAAACAUCCCACCUCUAUAAGUUCCCAUCAACGACCAGGACAAUCGAUUGAGAACGAGUGGACAAGUUUUAGAAAAGUUGUAUUUUUGUGCCUCUGCUGUCUUCUCAAAACCACAGCCGGCUGUGGAGGACGGUCUCUCACACUGAGCCCGGUUCUGGUUCAGGGUUUGUUUUUUUUUUUUUCCUCUCCACUGUCGCUGCAUACAUGAGCUUGGAAUGACGGGAAAUGAAACAACACAGUGCAACGACGGCCCGCAAUCUGCUGGGUUUCCUUAGACGUAAAACAUUUGAACAAAUUCAAAUAGUAAACCAAACUUGACUUGAUAACGAGGAACAAACAGAAAGUAGGAUUGGAUCGAAUUGUCUUGUUUUACCUAAAGUCAGUUGAGAUGGUGAAAUAUAAAAAACUGAACUGUAAAUGUAAACUGCAGUAUCUCGCAUAAUUGUGAGUCAUUCUUAGUAUUUUGCCUGCUUGUUGCAUUUAGUCACACGUUGGUGUUUUGUGUUUUUGAAAUGAGAAGAAGAACAGACCGUUUAGACAAUUUGCAUAUUUAAUAUCUGUCUCGGGUUUUAUGAUGAAUAGGAUUUGUAUAUUGCUGCAUUAAAUACUUGUUGGCACAUUAAUAUGAAAUGAAUGAUUAUUUUCUUCACCUCUGGUUUAAAGGUUCUUCUGUUGUUUUUUU